ACUUUUAAACAUGUCCAAGCUUGUGCAAUGUUUUGAUUAAUAAAAUCUGCUUAUCCAUGCGAUUCAUUUAUACUUAGUCAGCGAAUUGGUGGUGGUUUGACAGUUGAAGUGAAGAUGGUGUUAAGGACGUAUGGUAGAGUGAUCGAUUUGCUGCGAUCAGUCCAGCGAUUACUUGGACUUGGCUGCAAUGCAGAAAGGUUUACAGUUGCAGUGGAAGGAAAUAUUGGUAGUGGCAAGACAAAUAUGCUCAGGUAUUUUGAAUCAAACCCAUUCUGUGAGACGUGGACAGAGCCAGUCAACAAGUGGAGGGAUGUGCAAGGUCACAAUGCCCUAGCCAUGAUGUAUCUAGAUCCUCACAGAUGGAGUCUCACAUUCCAAACUUAUGUCCAGCUUACAAUGUUGCAGACCCAUACCCAGAAACAGUUCAAACCAGUCAAACUUAUGGAAAGAUCAAUAUACAGUGCCAAAUAUUGUUUUGUUGAAAAUUUACAUAAAGGUGGUGUUAUGCCAGACAUGGAGUAUAUUGUUCUGACAGAAUGGUUUGACUGGAUCUGUAGAACACAGGAUGUGCAUCUUGAUCUUAUAGUAUACCUCAGGACCACGCCAGAGACUUGCCUGGAGAGAAUCCGAAAUCGAGGGAGAAAGGAAGAAAAGCCAAUUCCUAUAGAUUAUCUCAAGAAGCUGCACGAUCUUCACGAAGAAUGGUUGAUCAGAAACAAGCAAUACAUUCCUGCACCAGUGCUGAUUCUUGAUGCAAAUGCAGAUGCGGCAACAAUGCAACAGGAGUUUGAAGUUCACAAAAGGAGAAUCAUGUGUGGUGUGUAUCAUGAUGAUUGACAACAUUCCAUGCUGGUCAAUGAAACAUUUUAUUUAAUACCCACUGCCAGGUUUGGGACCACGUUGAUGAAUCUUGGAGAUACCGGCUCCUACUCUUGUUGAUAAAACUGGACUCUCUGUCAACACUUGGUCAACUCUGGGUUAACUAGUUGUAUCUGACAUUAAAAAUGCAAUGAAAGUGUUGGAUUGCAUGUUACACAUCAACUGGACUUUCUUCAAGUACAUGUACAAUAAUUGUGCCAUGAUUCAAUUUUGACAAAAAUGCCGAUAGAACUAGGUAACACUGAGUUGACGAAGUAUCUGUGUAGAAGUUUGUGGACAAAUCUCAUAAUGAAGUGGCCUUACACAUGUUUCUGGCCUUAAACACGAAUAGGUGAUAAAAGUGAGUGCUGGAGAAUUCCAGUGUGGAGUCCCAACCAUGUCAUUUCAAGUAGUGUUGUUGCAUUUCUAGUCAUGUACAUGUACAUGUAUGAUGUAUAAUUUCAGGGUUUGGUCUGGGAACAAAUAAUUUUUCAGUAGAGGCUAGUUUAAUUGUAAGGCCUUGUGUUGGGUUUGCUGGAGAACUACAGAAUCUUAGAAACAGAUUUGCAGUGAAGAAGCAGUGUUUGACAUAUUAUCUCCUCCUUGGACAAACUUUUGAUCAGAAGGCAAUUUAAAAAGACCAUAGUGUGUCCCUCCACGUUAGCGUUCAAUGUGGCAUAAAAUAUCCAAGGCCUUGAGCGUGAAAUCUUGCAGGGCACCCCCAAUAUGGCCACAAGGUCUUUAUGCCGUAUUCGUCUUGUAGUCUUCUCCCAGAAAGGUUGACCUGGUUGACGGGGGUUCAUCCAAGCAUGGACAAUUCAGUCUAAGACCAACCUUGAUUCUGUUUGCUCAAAAGGACUGUAGAGUAGGACCAGGCUAAAUAUGGAUGUGUUCAUUUUGAAAUUAGGGUUGUGAGCUGUAAUUGAGCAGUUAAAGGGUUUAUUCAAAUAUUAUUCCAGUAUUUACUCAAAUAGCCAUAACGACUUUGAAUAAUUUACUGCCACUCUUAGUGAAUUAAAUUUCUACAGCAUAAUUGAAACCUUUUUUAGGUAUGAUGUGUAAUAUUUGUUGAAAAUUGUUUGUAAUGUUUUACUUCUUCUUCUAAUUCUCUGAUUUAUUAGCAGUACAGUAGCUGUUUAGAUGAAAUCAAAUUUUGACACCCACCGACCAGUCUCAAAGUCAUUCCAACUGAUAGCAACGUAUCACCUGUGGUGAAAUGUGUAAUGUGUAACCUUGAUACCAUAGUGAGGUCAUUAUAAAGAAAUUUGAUAGUGUCAACAAAAGUCAGAUGUUUCGACAUGGUGUUGUUCAAUUCAUGAAGUGAUUACAAAUUAGUCCAACCUGACAUUAUCAAAACCAACUGCACCUCCUACUGACCUUGCUUCACCUUGAAAUUAAGUGAUCACAAUACAUUUACAUUUAUGAACAUAAGGUGAGUAUAAAAGUAUAUUGGUAAACUGUUAUUCUCAGUGUCGGUAAUUUUUAGUUUUAGCCAAAGCCUGUAGGCUGUAGUUCUUCAGCUUGCUACAGGAUUUGCCACAUCUAGAAGAUGGAAGGUGCAUUCCACUUGAUAGUUGUUUCUGCUGUUUUCAGUUGUAGGUUGGAUUAGCUCUCGAAGGGAGAAUAUAGGCAGAAGCUAGUGGGUCAAAUUAGAAGCCCUGGGGGGACUAUUAUGAACAGUUUGGGGAAUGGGUCAUGUUUGAUUCAAAGAUUGAUAUAUUCAUUGAACAAGCUGAGUUUCAAUGUUCUUUUGAGAUAAAAGAGACCCCUAUUGGUGACAUUUUGUAACUUGAUCUGAUCUACCUGGCUACUGCCUAGACUCCUCUUGAGUUUUAUGACAAUCUUUUACUAGUAUGUGGUUUUGUAUUUUUGUAUGAGAUGUGUAAAUUGCGAUGUACUCAGCAAUAAAAGUUGGAAAAUAA